AGUCGCGACCACCAUCACUUCGCAUACAUCGGACUCACCGUCUCCUACCCCCACUCCCUCCUCGCUCUCCAACCCCCGCAACUUCGACCUCGCCCCUCCCCCUCUAAUGGCGCUCUCCACCUCCUACUUGAUCGGAACCCUCUCCUCGCCCUCCCAAGCCCUCUCCUCCUCUCUAUCUCCCUUUCGCGAGCUCCGCCUCCGCCAUAGCCAUAGAUCGUCUCCCCUACCACUACCCCCUUCCUUGUUGAGCUCACGUCGCCACCAAUGGCGAGAGAUGGUCGUAAUCGCGAGGGCCGAGGACAAAGACAAGAGCUCCUCCUCUUCUCCCGCCCCCAUUGAUCCCCGCGACUACGAGCUGUUGGAUACAUCAGGAAAGUGUGAUCCGUUGUGUUCAGUUGAUGAUGUAAGCUCACAGGAUUUCGAAGAAAAUUACCAACCCAAAACUGAUUUAUUGAAAGCUCUAACUAUUCUCGCGCUAUCUCUGUCGGGAGCUGCUGCAAUAAAUCAUUCUUGGGUAGCUGCUAAUCAGGAUCUUGCUAUGGUAUUGGUAUUUGCCAUUGGUUAUGCAGGGAUUAUUUUUGAGGAAUCUCUUGCGUUCAACAAGAGCGGGGUUGGGUUGUUGAUGGCCGUUUGCUUAUGGGUCAUAAGAAGCAUUGGGGCUCCCUCAACAGACAUAGCUGUUACAGAAUUAACCCAGUCAUCUGCUGAAGUUAGUGAAAUAGUUUUCUUUUUGCUUGGUGCAAUGACCAUUGUAGAGAUUGUUGAUGCACAUCAAGGAUUUAAGCUGGUUACGGACAACAUUACUACUCGAAAUCCUCGAAUUCUCCUCUGGGUGGUAGGUUUUGUAACUUUCUUCUUAAGUUCUGUACUUGACAACCUGACGUCGACUAUAGUGAUGGUCUCACUGUUGCGUAAGCUAGUGCCUCCGUCAGAAUACAGGAAAAUAUUAGGAGCUGUUGUUGUUCUAGCGGCAAAUGCUGGUGGCGCAUGGACACCAAUUGGUGAUGUCACAACAACAAUGUUGUGGAUUCAUGGUCAGAUCUCGACUUUGAAAAUAAUGCAGGGCUUGUUUGUUCCCGCGGUUCUCUCUUUGGCUGUCCCACUGGCUCUCAUGUCCCUGACUAGUGAGGUCAAUGGGACAGCUCAGAAUUCUUCAGGUUUGUUGGCAACCGAGCAGAUGGCUCCUCGAGGACGACUUGUUUUUGCUGUCGGACUAGGAGCUUUAGUGUUUGUUCCGGUGUUCAGAGCCCUUACUGGCCUUCCCCCUUACAUGGGCAUGCUGCUUGGGCUUGGAGUUCUCUGGAUUUUAACUGAUGCAAUUCAUUAUGGUGAUUCUGGAAGGCAAAAAUUGAAAGUGCCUCAGGCUUUGUCGCGGAUCGAUACACAAGGAGUCCUUUUCUUUUUGGGAAUCCUUCUUUCAGUGAGCAGCUUGGAGGCUGCCGGGAUUCUGAGGGAAUUAGCGAAUUACCUCGAUGCUCACAUUCCAAAUGUUGAACUGAUUGCUACCGCGAUUGGUGUGGUCUCGGCAAUUAUAGACAAUGUUCCACUAGUUGCUGCCACAAUGGGAAUGUAUGAUCUAACUUCUUUUCCCCGAGACUCCGAGUUUUGGCAGCUCGUCGCCUUCUGUGCAGGCACUGGUGGGUCUAUGCUUAUCAUUGGCUCUGCAGCGGGAGUUGCAUUUAUGGGAAUGGAAAAGGUGGAUUUCUUUUGGUAUCUUCGCAAGGUGAGUGGGUUCGCAUUUGCAGGUUAUUCUGCUGGUAUCAUCGCAUACUUAGCGGCGCAAAAUCUCCAUCUCUCAAUUCCUACAGCAGUUGCUCACCUCCCUUUCAUCUCGGGUUCAUAAAACGUGAAACUUUGUGAUUCUAUCAGAAAUGAUGCUCUAAUCAUUUUAUUCCUCGAAAUUUUGAACCCAGUUUCGACUGGUCAGAAGGAAGACCAGGAGGAAGAUAUCAUUUGCAGUAUUGUUGUGAUUACUCGGGGACUGAUGGGCUCAAGCUUGUAUAUCACCCAUUCAUUGCUAAUAUACAAUUAGCAAUAGUAAGUGGGAGGACGAAACUAGUUGAUGCAGCAUCCUGUCCUAGGCCUUAGGUUUGCAUCAGGUAUUCACUCAUUGAAUAUGGUUUAAUGCAAGAAAUCAGUGGAAAUAUGUAGGAAUGUGCGUUACUGUUUGUAUCAGAAGUUAUUUAUGUUGUUCGGUUUAAUAUUGUAUUGUGAUGUAUAGGCUAUUACAUAGUUUUCCUAUGCAACAAGCUCAAUGAUACUUUAAGUUUAACAUUCUAGUGAGCUACCACCGGAGAAGCAAAAUUUUACUUGUCAGAAAUGAACAUCUAAUGUGGAUCAUCCUUCGCUCGUAGAAGGUAUGUUUUCACCUCUUUUUAUAAUGU